UCGCCUUCGCUGCGUGAAACCGAGCGCCGCCUGGUUUCUGCUCCUCCGAAGCAGACAGCAGCAAACUCCAAAGGAAGACGGGAGGGGGUCCGUGCAAUGAACUGUGACAUACACGCCUACCCGAACAGUUUCUUUUCUCUUCCGCGCUAUCGUUUUGAGAACGGUUAUACCUUGGAAUAUACUUGGCCUUUUCCAGUCGUUCAGCUUUACUGCUUAGGGAAGUCAGUGCCCACUGCAAAGAUUCACUUUUCCGUCGCAAGUUGCGUCACGCAAGCCACAGUCAAAGCCGGAUACGAAGCGACCAUGUACAAGCCCCCCUGCCACUGGGUUCGGUGCCACGGACAGCACAUACCGCAUAACGCUGUGCCAGGAGGCAUGGACCUGCAAGGCGAGGACGUAUUCGUGGGGCGUGCUGUGCACAAUGGCGACGUGAUACCGGGAAAGGUGGUCCCUUCCCGCGGUGCUUGUUACGUCGCUUAUGGCGCGUGCGAACACUGCUACCAAGACUACCAGAUGCUUGUCUCUGAUGGGGCUUCUCUCAAGUGGCUACCGGCAUCCGAUGACUCGCUGCCGAGCGGAGCCAUUCAGGGCGGCACUACUUCCGAGGGCGAACCGCUCUACAUCGGCCGCGCCCGUCACGAGGGCAUGCUGAUCGUCGGCAAGGUCCAACUGUCCCACAAGUGCAUAUACAUUCCUUUAGGCGGUCAAGAGUAUAGACACACUAGCUACGAGGUGCUGGUCUGCAGCACAAUAAACUUUUGAGAAAAUACGAAGUGCCCUGCAAAAGCUGCAGCCUGCAUUAGCAGCAAAAUGCAGAUCGCAAAUGACCGCUCGCACCACCAAACGCAGAGAACGAUGUGUGCUGUUGUGAAAGCAUGGUGUGUUUGUUUAUGCACUUUGAUGAUGUAGGCCAUCAGACAACAUUAUAUUUCUUCUUAAGCUGGUGGUCAACGCUAAACUAGCAUUGCACGUCUAAAAGGAAAGGAGUGCACGGUUAAUAUCGGCACUCAUGUGACCAUUGAUGUGUCAUGGCGACAAUUCAUGCUGAGAUCUCUUGCUUUUCUUCUUUUUCAAAUUUGUUUUUUUUCUUGUCGCUUUGUAUUGUCGAUGAUCACUUGUGUCAUUUCUUUAAGGGCCUUGCACUAAAGGUAACCAUGCCUUUUUUAAUGUUAACAAUAAAACGAAUAAUACACCAAACAUCGAUCCGGCUGCGAAACAAGUCAUGGGGGGGGAGGGGGAAAUGCUAAGAAAGCAGUGCUACGUUUGCCCCAUGACUAAGGUACGGAAAAAUUGUGAUUUGCGUUUUGAAUUGAAAGACCUCAUCGAAGAACCUAAACACAAAUAUUUAAAUGUAACCGUGAAAAGGCUCUUAUGCCAUUUCCCCCCAAAAUGAGAACCACAGUAGCUUCGCCUCCAUGUGUGUGUGUUCACUGAGUAAAAGUGUGCAAUCCAAGCUUGAUAAGUGAAUUCCCAUUCGUCUAUAUAAUGACUGUGUGUGCCUGAGAAAAGUGCGGUGUCACUGUUCUUCAACGUUCACCCUGUGAAAAUCCUGAGUGCUCAUGGCACACAUUCUUUUGCAAUAUACGCGAAGUGAUUAGGCCUUAUAUUUGAACUGUCUUUGUCCGAAGUACAGAAUCAGUGCAAAUUAAAAUACAUCGCUAGCGGCCUUCCAGAGAUUUCAGGAAGGGGGCAAUAUUGUUGGAAAUUAUUUGUUGCAGUUUGUAUACCUUUCUUUACCCAAAUUCAUGUGCAUUUCUCUUACCUGAUUCCGUGUCUUCUGUAUUUAAUGUAUCUAUGAAAACUGCAUGACUUUACGUUCUGGUGUGACCUCUGUUGUAAUUUGUUUUUAUUGUAUUUAUGUGAACAUUAUGGUUUGGUUUGUUUUGUUACCUGUUUUCUGAGUUGUCUUUCCUACUUUUGCGUUAGAAUACUUAAUGCUCCAUUGGGUUUCGUGUAAUUUUUGUUAUGAACUGUUUUUAGUACAUAUAUGCCAUCUCGCUAACUUUUUCGUUCUUCAUACCUUUCUUUUGUUCACUGUGCCAGCUUAUUUCAUUUUUAGUGCAUAUUUGUUAGAUGUGAAAGGGCGUAACCGGCGUCGCCCAAAGGCGCCAUUAUCUACUAACUAUUACGUAUUAAAAAAAAAUCCAGGGAACACACAUGAAAUACGGGAGAUGGAAAUUCAAGACGAUGAGCGAAACGAGGACAAGGUGAAAGCAGGAGGCAACGUUUCGACCUGUGCACUUGCCUUUUUCAAGAAUAUGUUCUCCUCGCCUUUACCAUAACUUCGCUAAUUGCGUGCGUGAUUGCGGCAAUUGCUCUGUAUCUAGAGGCCGCCAAUCUGUACACUCGAAUGGUAAACAUAACAUAACCGUGAUUUACAUUUUUCCAAUUUUAAGAUUUGGUCCAGCUAAAAAAAAAAAAAAACCCUGUAUGUAACCUCAGCUUCUGCACAAGCGUCAAGCCCACUACACAGCCAACUGUUAUGCUCGUGACAGUAUGCUGUGCCAAGGAGAACAUACGUCGCCUUGAAAAAGGCAAGUCCACUUGUCGAAACGUUGGCUCCUGCUUUCACCUUGUUCUUGAUUUGUUCAUCGUAUUAAAAAAAAUUAUUUGUACACCUAAAGGCAACAAAAAAUUACCACAAGCUAUGAUCUCCAGACUCACUUCAUUUCCUCGUUAUGCAACAACUAGAAAACGCAAAAAAAUAUUUAGGCAUAUCGGUAUUGCUUGAAGUUAAGUCUAAUUGAUCACAGCGAAUGUGUGUUUCGUAAAAAGGUUGCUAAUAGCGGCACCUUUUCUCGAAGGAAUGUACUAUUUCUCAGCCACCAUUAUUACUUAUAAAUCAAACUGAUACGUUUUACUCUUACGAAUGGCACCAUGAUUGCAAGCGGAAUGGUCUGGCCGAGUUGGUAUUGCCCGUUUCAAGUAAAGGAAGAACAAACCGGGAAGAUAAUAUACAUGCGCAGCCUCCAGUGACUUUUUCGUUCCCUUGAACUCAAUUACAGCAAAUCGCAGUUGUGAAACCCGGCUCAUCGAUACGUUUAGAGACGCUCAUGCGACCUUAACAACCGCCCGUACUCUUCGCAAGCUUUUAGAUAACUCCGGUGCCACCCAGGAACUUCUGAUAGCUCUUAGACAACGCUAAUCCCCCUAGUAUGACGCGGUCAGGGCGCUGUCCACAGCGUCAUUCAUAGGCAAGUAGGAUAUGCAACACACGCCCAUUUUGUGAGCAUUAUAUUUCGCUGAUGAUAGAUUUCGCGAAGAUGAUAGAUUCAACGGUAAAUUAGAGUUCAUCUCAAGUUUCACGCUUCGCGUUGCCACACUCAUACUUUUUCAGCCUCAUUUUUGUUUUCAGGGCAGCAUCAGAGUGGAAGGACCUUCCCCAUGAAGUUGCAUGUAUCAGUUGUCCAUCACUGUCUUUUUCAAGAGUCAAUAGAACUUGUAUUUCAAUAAAACAGCUACAUGUAAUUCCAUGCCUUAUCUAAUAAUAUUGUU